AUGGCAAAAACCGACGACGCUAGGGAUGAAAUAAGGUCAUUUCGGCAACUAUCGAGUGAACCGUUGCACGAAGCAUUCACUCGAUUUAAGGAAUUGAUGCGGAGAUGCCCACAUCACCAAAUAGAAAAGUGGGAAUUGGUGAAGUGUUUUGUACGUGGGUUGGAUGACACAACAUGGAAUCGUCUCGAAUCGACGAGCAAUGGGACUCUUUUGAGCAACCAUGAAGAUGAUGAUUGGGAGUUCUUGGAGCGGAUGAGUAAACGGUCGAAAGAGAAGGAAUCGGCCGAUCGAGCUAAGAAACAUCCCAUUUCCCGGUCACUUCCCGAUCUCGACUCUAAAGACCGGAUUUCUACCUUAGAGCGGGAAAUGGCUCGAAUGAAGAAGAAGGAAGUGAACGCGGUGCAAUUUGAGGUGUGUGAAGAGUGUGGUGAUAUUGGACAUAGAGCGGAGCAAUGUCCAACGGGGACAAGUAAUUAUCAACGUGGUUACAACCAAAGUGGAAAUGAGGGUGGUACAUCAAACUCUCAAGGUGACGACUCAUUCAAUUCUAAAAUGGACGCUCUCAUGAAUGCUAUGACCACCCUUACAACCGAAGUAAGGAAAGAAUUUGAAGUGAGGGAUAAAUCUCAUAAAGCGUUGGAGAAGCAAGUGGGCCAACUCGCGGAGGAAAUGGCUCAAAUGAAGGGAAGCAUGGGAAAGCUUCCAAGUGACACUACAGUGAACCCGAAGCAUCAAGGUUCUAGCACAAGCAACGUGAGGAAUGCACGCAUUAGUGCGGUAAGUAUUCUUUCAAAUGAUGAGGUUUGUAGUAGUGUUGAAAGCAUUCCACCACCACAAUGCGUUGAUGGUGUAGUGGAAGAUAUAAGUGAUGAGCCAGAAAGUGAAAAUGAACAAGAAACGACUUCACAAAGUAAAAUUGAAAAUAUAACUAAAAAUGCUUUUUGUGAAAAUUGUUUAAAUCAACUUAACCCGAUUAACGCAUCAAAAGUUGAGAAACGGUACCCACCGAAGGACGAGAGGUGGGAAAAUUUUAAACAAGCAAAAAUUAAUUUACCGUUACUCGAUGACAAUAAAAAGGUUCCGGCUCAUGUGGAAUGCUUAAAGGAGUUAAGCAUCGAAAAACAGCACAACAAAUUACCCAAACCGGUUGAUUUGAUAUCUCAUGUGAGUGCCGUUUUAUCGAGUACCCGUCCUCAAAAAGCUCAAGAUCCAGGAGAUCCUCUUAUUCCGAUUCAAAUUGGAACAUUUAAAAGCGAGAGGGCUCUCCUCAAUCUUGGAGCUUGUGUGAGCAUUUUACCCGGGAGUUUGUAUGACCAAUAUGAUUUUGGUCCAUUGAAAAAAUUUAAUACUCCCGUGGUAUUGGCCGAUCAGACUCCCGCGCAUCCACGGGGGAUGGUGGAGGAUGUGAUUGUUAAGGUGGAUGAUUGCUACUACCCAGUUGACUUUUUGGUAGUAGACUACGUUGGGUGUGUUGAGGACACCCAACCGGUAGUUAUCUUGGGUAGAUCGUUCUUGGCAACUGCUAAUGCCAUAAUAAAUUGUGCAAUGGGAAUGGUAAGCAUGAAGUUUGGGGACCGGGAAUUAAAUUUAAAUGUUUUUCCAAAUUUCACUAACCCACUCGGUGAGGAUAAGUGUCCUAAAAAGGACAUGAAUCCAAACAAAAAGAUAUGUGCUAUGGUUGGCAGGGUUGGAGAAACAAAGAAGAAGACGGUCAAGAAAAAGAAGGCGAAGAAGUCACCUCUAGAAAAGAAGAAGGAAGAUGAGGUGAGGAAGUUUGGACCGUUUGGCAACAAAUGGUAUGGAUCACCGGUGGGUGAUUUCGAGGAAUUCGUAGGUGGCAAGCACGCCAUCCGACCACCAUGA